AUGGCGAUGGCCGCCCGCCCCCGGCAUCCCCGCGGGGUCCGCCCGCUCCCCCUGCCCGCCACCGGCACAGAGCGCGCCGGGACCGGGCAGCGCCGGGAGCCCCCGCCAGCCCAGCCCCGCUGCGCGGAGGAGCCCGGUGCCGGGGCUGCGGGAGCGCACCCACCGCGCCAACCGGGCGGCAGCCUCGUCCGCGGGCUGGGGAGCCGACCGCUCGCCCGGGCUGAGCGAAAAGCCGCACCGGGAAUUUUGGGGGUGCCGACGGUGAAGGUGCGCCCGGGCCCGGCCCUGCCCGGGGAGGGAGCGCGUCCCCGGCUCCGGCCGCAGCCCGGCGAGGUGCCCGCCAGCCCUGCGGGGCCCUGCGAGCGCUGCCUGCCGCCUCCUGCCAACCGCACACCAGAUACCUCCUCAGAUACGUGUUUGUUCUUCCCGAAAACCUCUCGCGAAGAGCCGAGGGCGACCCGGGCUGAGGAGCUCCGGCCUCCUUCCGCGGAGCCCCGGCAGCUGCCUCCCGACGCCGCCUCCCCCCGGCCCCCCGAAACCGCAACCCAGGCGCCGCCGCCGCCCCCUCCCCGACGGCACCGGCCCGCCCAGCCCCGCUGCGCGGAGGAGCCCGGUGCCGGGGCUGCGGGAGCGCACCCACCGCGCCAACCGGGCGGCAGCCUCGUCCGCGGGCUGGGGAGCCGACCGCUCGCCCGGGCUGAGCGAAAAGCCGCACCGGGAAUUUUGGGGGUGCCGACGGUGAAGGUGCGCCCGGGCCCGGCCCUGCCCGGGGAGGGAGCGCGUCCCCGGCUCCGGCCGCAGCCCGGCGAGGUGCCCGCCAGCCCUGCGGGGCCCUGCGAGCGCUGCCUGCCGCCUCCUGCCAACCGCACACCAGAUACCUCCUCAGAUACGUGUUUGUUCUUCCCGAAAACCUCUCGCGAAGAGCCGAGGGCGACCCGGGCUGAGGAGCUCCGGCCUCCUUCCGCGGAGCCCCGGCAGCUGCCUCCCGACGCCGCCUCCCCCCGGCCCCCCGAAACCGCAACCCAGGCGCCGCCGCCGCCCCCUCCCCGACGGCACCGGCCCGGUACGGAGGCACCCACCGACAACCGGCUCCUGGGAAACGGGAGUCUCCAGCAGCGGCCGGGGCAGGACCGGCGCUGGGGCUCGGAGGGGCCGGGCGGGCAAGCCCGAGUCCCACGGACGGGAGAGGACCGACGGCCGUCCAGCCUCGGGGGGGGUGGCCCGACCCCUGCCACCCCCUGGCCAGGACCCCGACAGGGAGCUGGGACCCCGAUAUGGGGACAGGGCAGCUGCGGGGGCAAGGGGCCGGCGGGGUGGGGACGCUCGGCCACCGAUAAAGAGGCCGAGGAAAGAAACGGGAAGAACGGCAAAGUGAUCUGCGUUACAUCCGUGCGCCGGCGCCCGCUCUCACGCAACCGGAGCAUUUCGUACUUUGACACAACAUCCCCGGAGCGGGAGGGAGGCGGCAGGCGGGUGGGCGGCUUGGUCGGGGGGUGCACAACCCCCGGCAGCGCCAGCAUCCCCCGCCCCCGGUACAGCACGGCUCCCCCCUCGCCGCCUGUGCCGCCCCCGCACGCACCGCCGGGUAAUUAG